AGGAAUAUAUAGAUAUAAUUGGAAAAAGAUAAUCAGCAAGAUCGACGCUAAUCGGAGACACAAUGUGGAGGGUAGUAGUAGCGCGAUCGGACGAGAACAGCACUCUGCUGUCAUCGGAGAUCGCUUCCGGGCCAGUCGGUCCGAAUCACAUCUCUGGACUCUCUGGACCACCUUCCGGUCACCACCAUCAUCACUGGGGCUACCCACCUCCGCCUCAUGCGUCUUAUCAGCCACAGCAUUCCGACGCACCUCGUCAUCAUCAUGAUUCGCGUCCACCUCACGACCUCAGGCACCCGACCGGCGCCGAUCUCAGGCCUCAGGAGCUCAGACACGAUAUGCACAGAUCGGAUCUCAGACAUCCGACAGCUCCGGAGAUGCGACACCAGCCCUCGGAAUUGCAUAGGUCCGAAAUGGCGAGGCAUCAUCAGGAUUUAACGGCGAUGAGACCGGAUAUGAGGCCAGAUAUGAGGCCAGAUAUGAGACCGGAUAUGAGACCGGAUAUGAACACGGAGAUCAGGUCUAGUCACGAGUUCCCCGAUCUCAAGAUCGACGUCGCGGACAUCAGGAGUCAGGAGAACGGGCAACAGCAGCAACAGCAGCAACAACAACAGCAGCAACAAGGAUCUCAACAGGGUCCGACGCAUCAACAGAGAAAUUUGAAGAGGACCAUGAGCGAUUCCGACUGCGACGACGUAUUUUCCGAGGAGAGCGGCAAAGAACCCUGCAAUUCGCCAGGAGGCGAUUCUUGCCAGCACGCGUCGCGAAAACGAAGAAGAGGAAUGAUCGAGAAGAAACGUCGCGACAGAAUAAACGCGUCCCUCGGCGAGCUGCGGAGGUUGGUGCCGGCAGCAGCGAGAGAUCCUCACAGUGGAAAAUUGGAGAAGGCAGAGAUUUUGCAGCUCACCGUGGAGCAUCUGCGAACGCUUCGAAACAAAGGUCCAGAGGGAUACGACAGUACAAAGCUGGCAAUGGACUACCACGCGGUUGGUUGGGGUGAAUGCGCAGCCGAAGUAGGCCGCUACUUGGUCACCAUGGAAGGACUCGACGAGAGAGAUCCUCUGAGGUUACGAUUGCUCUCUCAUCUCCAAAGUUUCCACCGCGAACAUCCCCCGUCCGCGGGACCCGCGAGCGUUCCUCCGGUGACCAGCUUGACAGCGACCUCGACGAGCAGCAGCUACGAGCCAGCGAGCACCGUUUCUACCGGAAUGCCAGCUGGAACGGGAACCAUGCCACCCCUUUUGGGUGGGACCGCUCUCGGAUGGAGCCAGUAUCCGGGACAGUAUCCUCAACAGCAGCACGGCAAACCUUACAGACCAUGGGGUGCCGAACUGGCCUAUUGAGAUACGACCUAUUCUUAGACCUAUCUUCUUAGACCUAUUCUUGUGUUCUCCUUGAUCGCACUUCGCCUCUCCAC